UAUAUAUAUUCCUAACCCUAGUUUCCCACUUUCCCUUCAUUUCUCUGCCGCACCCAAAAGAAAAGCCCUAAUUUCUUCGAGAGGGAAGCGACAGCAAUGACGACGAGCCUGAAGAAGACAAGGAAGAAGCGAGGCCACGUCUCCGCUGGGCAUGGUCGUAUCGGCAAGCACCGGAAGCAUCCCGGAGGCCGUGGUAACGCCGGAGGUAUGCAUCAUCACCGCAUCCUCUUCGACAAGUAUCACCCUGGUUACUUUGGCAAAGUGGGCAUGAGGUACUUCCACAAGCUCAGGAACAAGUUCCACUGUCCGAUCGUCAACCUCGACAAGAUCUGGUCCAUGGUUCCUCAGGACGUGAGGGACAAGGCGACCAAAGACAACGUGCCCAUGAUCGAUGUGACCCAGUUCGGGUAUUUCAAGGUUUUGGGUAAGGGUAUGUUGCCGGAGAACCAACCUAUCGUUGUCAAGGCCAAGCUUGUGUCGAAGACCGCCGAGAAGAAGAUCAAGGAGGCCGGCGGCGCCGUCGUUCUCACCGCUUAGAUGGUAGGAUUUUCUUUCUAUACAUCUGUUUGUUAUUUUUGUUGUUCUAGAUCUUUGAAUUUUGGAUUUGAACAUCAUUAUCCCUUUAUCAUUAUGUGUGUUAACUAUAACAACUCGAAGAGCGUUCUUGGCUUUUUAAUGUGGAUCUAUCGUCCAAUUCUUAAUGAUGUUUGAUCGACCUGGCGUUUUGA